AUGGUGUUACCUGGUUCCCAGUGGCUCCUGUCUGUCUGUCUUCUGUCCUGGUGUUGUGAUGCCUGGGAGCUGAGGAGUGUAGACCCAGAGUCAGAAUCACCAACACCUCUGGUGAUCUGGUAUGAGGAAGGAGACAUGAUAAACAUAGACACCCUGAAAAAGGUUGUUGAAAAGUCAAUACCUGGAAUGUACAUUGUGCCUCUAGAGAUUGGGAAGAACCUGAUGGAGGAUGUGGAGAACAACGUCUUGAAUGCCAGUUCUGAAGUGUGUGAGAUUCUUGCUAAGAAUCCUAAAUUGCAGCAAGGGUACAUUGCUGUUAUUGUCUCUAAAAAAAUCCAGAUGCUGUAA